GAGAGAGAGAGUUUGUUUGGGCUUUGUCGCGUGGCUUUAAAGGCUCUCCUUCCAUAUUUCCCCACUUCCUUGUUCUUACCAAACCCUAACUCUUCUCCAUACCUAUUCCCUAAUUCCUCCCUUCUUCGAUGUAUUAACAAUCUCAACAAAAGGAGAAAAGAAAUCAAAACCCUAAUAACGUUUUGACAUCUUGACCGGUUUGUUCAGUCGGUUUCCACUCAUGAGCGGCGGUGAAGGAAGCGGCAGUGGCGCCGGAGGAAACGGGCCAUGCGGUGCAUGCAAGUUCCUAAGGAGGAAAUGCGUCCCCGGCUGCAUAUUCGCACCGCACUUCGACCACGAGGAAGGAGCCACUUACUUCUCAGCGGUCCACAAGGUCUUUGGUGCGAGCAACGUCUCCAAGUUACUUGGUCAAAUCCCUUUGCACAAGCGGUCCGACGCGGUCACGACCAUCUGCUACGAGGCUCACGCCCGGCUCAGUGACCCUGUUUAUGGCUGCUUCACCCAAAUCUUCGCCCUACAACAGCAGGUGGUGAAUCUACAGACGGAACUUUCUCACUUACAAGCCCAUUUGGCAACAUUAGAGCCGCCGCCGCCACCGCCGCGUCCUCCCCCGGCUGUGGUUCCUCCACCGCUUCUGAUCUCCGACUUGCCGGAGAACUCAGGCUCACCACAACCGUACGAUCUGUCAUCCUCUUUUGACCCGACGGCUCUGAGGACUCCGUCGUCGUCAUGGGCCAACAUGCAACGGAGACUCGUCGACCCACGUCAACAAUACGGUGCCAUAUUGUCGUCAUCAUCGGGAAAUGAGCUUCAAACAUUGGCUCAUGAGCUCUUUCAUCGACACGUGUCUCCAUCUCCGCCACCGCCGGGCACCGGCGGCUCGCCCCCUCGCUCUAUUUCUAGAUGAGAUAUCUUCCUUUUGUUAUUACGAACAUACACUCUCUCUCUCUCUAUAUAUAUAUAUUCAAUGCUAUUAAUUUCCUUG